UUUGCAUCGUUUGCCUGUGCCAGACAUCUGCCGUCGUUGCUUUGACCGGUUAACACUGCGAUGAAGUCAUUUCUGGAUAAACGCUUAUCGCUGCAACAUCAAUCCGCCGCUUUGUUGACAUUGUGAGCCGAUGUAUCAAAUUAUCUGCCAUACCUUUACACCGGAUUGUUCCAUUCUACCGAGCCAAAAGUUGGAUAUUCUUUAAAUACCGCUAUGCUGCUUAUUUUAUUACUGCCUACUCAACACACCGAGGACAACAUCGAAACAUCGCAGCUUCGAUCGAUUGCACCAUCGAGAUCGUUGGCUUGUGUGUGCAUAGAAUCAUCAACUAAAUUUUUCUUAAAGUAUGGAGCACGAUGCGUUCUACCGUGGCUUCUGCGCGGAUGCCUUAUGGAAUACAUCACUGACGUGGGACACAGCGGAUCCCGAUUUCACCCAGUGCUUCCAGCAGACCGUGGUGGUCUGGGUUCCUGCGCUGGUUUUAUGGGUUGCGCUGCCCUUUCAAGCGUUUCGUAUUGUACAUAGCCGUUGUAAGGAACAUCGCUGGACACGGCUUCCUCUUCUCAAAGUGACCAUCUGUGCCAUGCUUUUUGGGAUCUCUGCGGCGGAAGUGAGUGUUUUUGCUCAUACGGGGAUUGCCGGCACGAGCAAUACAGCCGUUGGAAGUGCCCAGUUUUUCGCUGCGUUAAUCCAAGGAUGUUCCUUUUUGUUGGCGGCAUUCUUCGUUCAUAGUGACCGGAGAAGCGCCCGUUCCUCGUCAGCAGUAUUAUUCGUCUUUUGGUCUCUGACGCUGUUGGGAUGCAUUAUUGAUCUGCGCAGUAUCGUCCGACGAUCGUACGUUCAGGAAAUAUUGCCCACAGAAUGGGGCUUCAGUAUAGCCAACCUCAUUCUGGUGGCUUCCCAGUGGAUUCUGUGUUGUCUGUCGCAAGAAUUCGAUGCACGGACGGCUGGUGUCAAGAACCCAUCGCCGGAAUUAUCAGCAUCAUUCGUCAACCGGUUAUUUUUCACGUGGUUUACGCCACUAGCGGUACGUGGUUAUAAAAAACCGCUCGAAUUCGACGAUUUGUCUGAUCUGCAACAUGAUGAAUCAACGGAGCUCAUGGCCCAGAGACUGGAGAAGAACUGGAACGCGGAAAUGGAGAAGCAUAGCUCAAAAAAUCCAUCCACUGACAAAAGCAGCAAGACGGUACCCUCGUUAAUGAAAGUGUGGCUGCGAACCUUCUGGCGCUCCAUGAUCUUGAGUGGUCUGCUCAAUCUGACGACGGACCUCAUUGGUUUCCUUCCGCCGCAGCUUCUUCAGUUGUUGAUUGUAUUUGCUGCCGAUAUGAGCGAGCCGGAAUGGAGAGGCUAUCUCUACGCGGUAGCCCUGUUCCUGGUGGCCUUCUCACAGGCCACUAUAUUCAAUCAGUUCCUGAUGUACACUCAGAAGAUCGGCAUGCGGUCUAAGGCUGGACUCACGGCAGCUGUCUACCGAAAGGCACUGCGAAUCACGAGUGCUGCCAAGCGUAGCAGCACCGUCGGGGAAAUCGUCAACCUGAUGGCGGUGGACAGUCAGAAAUUCCUGGAACUGGCUGGAUCCAUCCAUUCGCUGUGGACAGCGCCGGUGCAGGUGGCCAUUACGCUGUACUUUCUCUACCAGCAGUUGGGUCCGUCCAUCUUUGCCGGACUGGGAUUUAUGCUAGUGCUGAUCCCCGUCAAUAUCGUCUCGGCAGGAGCUGCCGGCACAUAUCAAGAAAGACAAAUGGAGGAAAAGGAUAACCGUAUUAAGCUGACAAAUGAAGUGCUUAACGGGAUAAAGGUCCUCAAAUUAUACGCGUGGGAAGAAAGUUUUGAGAAGCAAAUAUCCGAAAUUCGCAAGGCCGAAAUGAAAAGCAUCCGGAAUGCUUCCUUCCUAAAUUCCAUAACAUUCCUCGUGUUCAUGGUCUCACCCUUCUUCGUCGCACUGGUGACCUUUGCGACAUACAUCUUCAUCGAUACGAGUAACGUUCUCGAUACACGCAAAGCCUUCGUCAGUCUGUCGCUGUUCAACAUUCUACGGAUACCGUUAACGGAUUAUCCAGUUACCAUCACCAAUGUGGUUCAAGCACGCGUCUCCAUCCAACGCUUGGCUAAAUUCUUCACAAGCGAGGAACUGGAUCCCAAAAACGUGAAGCUGUUAGAGAAAACCAGUGCAAUAACGGAUGACGCUGUUAGCGUUACAAACGGAGAAUUCGCUUGGGACCGAUCGGAAGACAGCACUUUGAGAGACAUUAACGUGAAGAUCGGAAGCGGGCAGUUAGUGGCUGUUGUCGGGAAAGUCGGUACCGGGAAAUCAUCGUUGAUGUCCGCCAUGUUCGGUAUGAUGGACAAGAUACAUGGUCAAGUAACGUUAAAGGGAACAGUUGCUUACGUCAGCCAGCAAGCGUGGAUUCAGAAUAUGACGGUAGAGCAGAACAUCCUCUUCGGGAAACCCAUGGACCCGGAACGAUAUAAGCGCAUUCUUCAUUGCUGCGCUCUGGAACCGGAUCUACAAAUUCUGCAAAACGGUGACCAAACCCAGAUCGGCGAGAAAGGCGUGAAUCUGAGCGGUGGACAGAAACAGCGUAUUGCGCUGGCACGAGCCGUUUAUUCCGACGCUGAUGUGUAUUUUCUGGAUGAUCCGCUCAGUGCCGUGGAUGCUCACGUAGGUCGACAAUUGUUUGAGGAAGUCAUCGGACCAAAAGGUCUCCUUGCCGGCAAAACGCGAAUCCUGGUAACCCACGGCGUCAGCUUCCUCCCGCAAGUGGACAACAUUCUGGUUCUGGAAGACGGCCAGAUCACCGAAUCCGGCACGUACAAAACGCUCUUAAGCAACAACGGUUCCUUCGCCACUCUACUACGCACAUAUCUAUCAGAACUGGCGGAUGACGAUGAAGUCGAAACAAUUUCGUUAACCGAAUCAACCGAAAACCUUUCGCGUAAUGGAUCAAUCGCAGCGUUGAAAAAGUCCGUCGCCUUUUCCAAGGUCUCACAAAAGCGAAAUAGCUUGGUGACAGAGAAAGCGACUAAAGAAAAAGACAAGCCCGAAGUGGAGAUUGAGACGGACGCGGAUGAAGAGAAGAUGGAAACCGGCAAUGUGAAGUGGAGUAUACUGUCAUCGCAUAUCAAGAACAUGACCUACCCGAUGUUCUGGUCCAUGGUGGGGCUGUUCGUCGUGUACCGGGCGCUGGAUGUGUACAGCAGUGUGUGGUUGGGGGAUUGGUCGGAGGACGGGGAGUUUCCCGAGCGACGGAACGAUACGACGUGGCGGGAUUAUCGGUUGGGUGUAUAUGGCGGCCUCGGGAUUGCACUAGGAUUGACCUAUAUGGGUGCCUGCCUCGCCAACGCCGUCGGUCAUGUCCGUGCUGCCCGAACCUUGCAUCGUGGGAUGCUGCUGCGCAUUCUCCACGCCCCGAUGGCGUUCUUCGAUACGACACCCAUCGGACGCAUCAUCAACCGGUUCAGCAAAGACAUGGAAGCGGUCGAUCUCUCGCUGCCGAUGACGUUGAAUUUCUUCAUCGAGGAUUGCCUUGGCGUUGUAGUGACCAUCAUUUUCAUUUGUGUGUACAUCCCGUACUUCGCGGUGGCUGCCGUACCGUUAGCCAUCUGCUAUUUCUUCAUUCAGCGGUUCUAUGUGGCGACUAGCCGGCAGCUGAAACGACUGGAGUCCACUUCACGAUCUCCGAUUUUCUCCCAUUUCCAGGAGUCCAUUACCGGCACGGCGACCAUCAUCGCCACACGGCAGACGGAGCGCUUCAUCCGGGAGAAUGAUGAGCGGAUCGACUGUAAUAACAAAGCGGCGUAUGCUAAUCAGUUCUCAACUAGGUGGGUGGCAGUUCUGCUGGAACUCAUGGGAAAUUUGAUUACACUGUUUGCCGCCAUCUUCGUGGUACUGGGACGCGAAGGCGGUUGGAUUAAACCGAAGGAAACCGGUUUGAUUCUCAACUAUACACUUUCCGUCACAUCGAUGCUCAACUGGUUGGUGCGGUUAACCAGCCAGAUGGAGAACCAUUUGGUGUCGGUGGAGCGCAUCCAGGAGUACACGGAAAUAGCGCAAGAAGCCGAAUGGGUGCGGCCGGAGAAACGCCCUCCAAAGAAUUGGCCCUUAGAAGGAAAAAUCGAGUUUAGCAAUUAUCAGACGCGUUAUCGAACAGAACUGGAUCUGGUGCUGAACGGCGUUAACGCAGAAAUCCACGCCGGCGAAAAGAUUGGGAUUGUGGGACGAACCGGCGCCGGUAAGAGCUCCCUGACGUUGGCACUGUUUCGGAUCGUGGAGCCUGCGGGCGGCCGUAUCGUCAUCGAUAACGUCGACCUGAUGAGCAUCGGACUUCACGAUGUCCGGUCGCAUUUGACAAUUAUUCCACAGGAACCUGUGUUAUUCAGUGGAACGCUGCGUAUGAAUUUGGACCCGUUUGAUCAGUAUACCGAUGACGCAGUAUGGCAAGUGCUGGACGACUCGCAUCUCAAGACCUUCGUCUCGACACUGCCGGAUGGCCUUCUGCACAUGGUCGCAGAAGGGGGCGAGAAUUUAAGUGUGGGCCAACGACAGCUACUCUGCUUAGCCCGUGCGUUAUUGAAAAAGACAAAAAUUCUGAUUCUGGAUGAAGCGACGGCAGCGAUUGAUUUACACACCGAUGAGCUAAUACAGAGAACCAUUCGCGAGAAGUUUGCCGCUUGCACGGUGCUGACGAUAGCCCAUCGUUUGAACACUGUCAUGGAUAGCACAAGAAUUAUGGUAAUGGAUCACGGAAAAAUUGUCGAAUUCUCCUCACCGACCGAGCUGUUAAAAGAUUCAAAUUCCCUGUUUUAUUCUUUAGCGAAAAAUGCGGGUUUAAUUUAAGAAGAACUGCAAAAGCGGUAUGACUCUCUUUCAGACUCUGUGAUACAGACGAAAGUUUGUGAUUUUCUACUGUUUUUUAUCUACACUUUUUACCUCCUGCACUGGUCUUUCAUUAAACGGGCCUCCCACAUUAAAAAAAAAUUCACAAAAAAAUCCGAAAAUCACUGCGUUGUUUCACCAGUGGCAGACAAAACUGUCAGAAGUGCA